AAGUAAAGAUAUGUCUAGCUGUCUGUUUCGUUCACUGACUUCUCUCUUACAGUAGACUUAAAGUAAUAUCAGUACAUAUUUGUAAUGGCAGACCCAGUGGUCUACAUACUUGUAACUUUCACUCAAAAUGAGGAAUUGGGCAUUGGCACAUUGGAGGCCAUAGCAGUGCCAAAAGAUUUUCGUGACCAGAGUUUCCAUCAUCAGCUCGAGCAAUUAAGAGGUUUUGUUGGGACAAAAAAAAUUAUUGGAAUCAAUUGGCCUAAGUUUCCCAGCAAUCCUGGUUGGAACCUACCAGUUGAGUCGACUACCAAAUCUAGAUCCCCAGUUCAACAUGACAUGAGAUCAUGUAAAGUUAUCACGUACUCAGAGGACAGAGAUGUGGUGGUGGCAGUACGAGAUGCCAUGAUGCCUCCCAUCGGUGUCCAAAAGGCAGUAGCCAAAAAAUCAGCUCCCAAAUCAUCUCCAAAUCAGAAACAUGGCACUGGCCAGAAAUCUACCUCUCCACCACCUAACUUGCCAGUUGAAAAGUCAGCAACAGGUAGCACCAAUGUUUCUCAUUAUUUACAAUAUCGUACUCUAACCUGCUACACAGUUACUAGGAAGACCAUGGACAUCUUCGUCAAAGACAUGGAGGGGUUAGGUUGCCAGUUGAUCACUGGGGGAGAUGAAGACAAGCCCGAUGAAUCUGCUGACAGCAGCCUUCAUCAUGAAGAUGAUCAGAAAGGAAAUUCUACUUCAGAAUCAGAGGACGAAGAUGUGAUUCCUCCUACUCCACCUCCGCCUCCAGCGAAGAGAAGACGUGCUAAUCAGUGUGUCAAAUCAAUGGGCAACACCACAUCUAAGAGAAAUUCAAGUCACAGCAAGGAAAAUGACUCUUUUGUAACACCA